GACAACAGACACAGAGACACCCGCAGCCGCUUGCCUUCAGUCUCCCCCAGUGUGAAGAUCAGGGAAGAUCACGGUACCUAUGGUGACCCCUGAGUCCUAUCGUCUCUCCUCCAGGAACUAGUCAGCACCCCAGGGACUCCCUCAAAGCGCUCCCUGUCAGGGCCUUCCUCCUGAAGCAACCAUGUCUCAGUUCUGCACCAUGCCGGCGGGAGAGAGGAAGAGCAAUGCAGCCGCUAUCUGCCGAGAGGUCCAUGGGACCAACGGCCUGGCCAUCGACCUGGGGAAGAAGCUGAGCACCCCGCAGGACAUCAUGCUGGAGGAGCUGUCGCUGAUGUCCAACCGCGGCUCACGCCUCUUCAAGAUGCGCCAGCGCCGCUCCGACAAGUACACGUUUGAGAGCAUCCAAAACGAGGCCAACAUGUUCCAUAAUGACCCUUUAACUCAGAAUGCUGAAAUCAAUGUAGAUGGAGAACACACAUCUUUCACUACCGAAGAUGCUGCUAAUGCCAAUAGCAUUGCAACAGACCCAGCGGCAGAGGGUGGCGGUGUCCAGGGCGUGUCCAAAUGUUAUCACUCGCCGUGGGAUCAGGCUAUCAUCCAUGACCCUGACCUGGCCGAGACCCUCAACAUGAAGAUGCCGGUGCUCGGGCCCAGAGCUGAACUCAUUGACUACAAGAGCUUUAACCGGGUGGCCACCCCGUUCGGGGGCUUCGAGCGUGCGCCCAAGGGGAUCCGCUUCAAGCUGCCGGAGGUGGACCUGAACCCGCCCAGCUACCCCGAGCUCCAGCAGCCUGAGGCCCUGCGGCCCACCUUCAACAGGACGGCCCAGGGUUGGAUCUCGGACGGGACCGGCCCCUUCAUCUCCCACUGCCCUGCCGUGGAGCCCGAGGGGAUCCCAGAGUCUGAGGACCUCUAGAGAAGGCUUUUUGGGGCCCCUAGCAGGUCCAAGGCCACGGAGAGCCCUUGGGGGUAGCGCACAAAAAUAAAUGAAAUAAAAAGUAGACAUGAUCUGCACGUCUCUGCAAAGGUUGGGUGUUAAGCCUGGUCAGCCCCGUUCUGUUCUGUGUUGUUCUGUGGCACACCUACUAAAUUAGUCCUGACACCCACUCUCUAACACCGGAACCAUCGUCUCCAUGUGGGCCUUAUUGACCUGGCCGCCAUCUUGGUUCUCAACGAUAGCUGGAUGGAGGAACUGAAUGUGGAUUUCAGUUCCCCCACCCAGGAGAACCAAUCUGGAACCAAGACGGCAACUAGUGGAAUAUGGCCCAUUGUAUCUUUUUGAUUUUUUGGUGUCUAACAAAAUGGCGGGUCUUUGUAAUUUUCUGCAUAAGCUUGGCUUUAGCUUGUAAUGCUAGGUUUGACCCUAGUUGAAUUGAGCGAAUUAGGUCAUGUAUUAUCAAACUAUGGGGAAACUGAACUUUAAAAUGUUGGGCUUAUCCGAACAUUUCCCAUAUGUUAAACUGUUAUUUGUUCAUCUGUGGUAGGACUGGGAAAAGAGAAAACUAAAAAUGUAUUCUUGAUGUUUGAAUCCUGAAAACAAUGUUUGAAAAGUUUUGUGCUUUAGUUGGGACGGCUUGUGUUGUUGUGUAUUUAAUUGUGGACUUCUUGCGUGUUCAACAAUGCCACCAAGUCAAGUUGAUGAGUACUUUUAUCACACAGUACAGUGACAGACGGCUUCUAAGCACCCCCUUUCUAGCAUGAACCGGACACUAUAAUGAAGGAAUGUAAUGUAAAUAGCAACAUGCACUAUAUGAACACACAGUGCUUUCCAAAACUGAUGAAGAAAUGCUGCAUAUGUUCAAAUGAUAAGAAUGUAAAUAAAAGUCAGAUUUUAUGGUGACAUACCAAUAAUAAAAUCCACAUCAAAUGAAGAAA